AUGGCAAAAAUCAAGUCCAUCGAAUACUUCCGCGUCAAGCCGCGCUGGCUCUUCGUCAAGGUCACAGAUGACAAGGGCGGAUUCGGAUGGGGAGAGGGAACAUUGGAAGGGCACAGCUUGGCUGUCGAGGGGGCAUUGGAUGAGAUCAUCCAACGGAUAAUUGGUUUUGAAGCUGAUGAUAUCGAGCACAUCUGGCAAUUCGUCUGGCGACUGGGUUUCUACCGUGGUGGUCCCGUCUUCAUGUCUGCAUUGGCCGGUAUUGACAUUGCGCUGUGGGAUUUGAAGGGCCGCAACCUCGGUGUUCCAGUAUACCAGUUGCUAGGAGGCAAGGUUCGCAACAAGAUUCAGGUCUAUGCAUGGAUUGGUGGAGACCGACCAAGUGAUGUCGAAGUCGCUGCCAAAGCUCGUAUCGCUCAAGGCCUGAAAUGCAUCAAAAUGAACGCAACCGAAGACGUCAACUGGCUCGACUCGCCAUCCGUUCUCGACUCAACUGUCGAGCGCCUCAAGACCGUCAAGGCCCUCGGACUCGACGCCGGUCUAGACUUCCACGGCCGUCUGCACAAGCCCAUGGCCAAACAACUUGCCAAAGCCCUCGAGCCUUACAAACCAUUAUUCAUCGAAGAGCCACUGCUCUGCGAGCACCCAGAAGCCCUCAAGCAGCUUGCAGGUCUGACCACUAUUCCGAUUGCGUUUGGCGAGCGUCUCUACACCCGCUGGGACGUCAAGCGGUUUUUGGAAGACCACUCGGUGGAUGUCCUCCAACCGGAUAUUGCGCAUGCUGGUGGUAUCAGUGAGACGAGACGCAUUGCCGCGGUGGCAGAAGCCUACGAUGUCGCCAUUGCGCCUCACUGCCCGCUUGGUCCGCUUGCCCUGGCGGCAUCGAUCCAAGUGGCACUCAACACGCCCAACUUUGUCAUCCAGGAGAUGUCGCUAGGAAUGCACUACAAUGUUGAAGCUGGUGAUAUUGACUUGAACUCGUAUCUCAAGGAUCAGACCGUAUUCGAUAUUCAUGAGGGAUACGUUAACGCACCAACGGGACCGGGAUUGGGUAUCGACAUUGACGAGGAUUUGGUCAGGAAGAUUGCAAAGGAAACGGAACCAUGGCAAUGCAAGGAAUUCUUCGGCCCUGAUGGCUCUAUCCGUGAAUGGUACAUCAUCUUUGCAUACACGAAAGAUAUAAAAAACACCACCAAAAUGCAAGCCCUCACAUCCCUCUUCUCUCUCGAAAACCGCACCGCGCUGGUGACCGGCGGUACGCGGGGCAUUGGCGCUCAGAUGGCCAUUGCCCUGGCCGAAGCCGGUGCCGACAUCAUCCUCGUGCAGAGGGAUACCUCUAACCAACAGACAAAACAACACAUCGAGUCCCUAGGCCGAAAGGCAACCAUUUACACAGCCGACCUAGGUUCUCGCACAGCUGUCUCGGAGCUUUCCAAGUCUGUUCUCGCAGAUGGCCAUGAUAUUUCUAUUCUUGUCAACUGCGCUGGCAUUCAAAGACGGCACCCCGCCCAUGAAUUCCCGGAUAACGACUGGGAUGAGGUCCUGCAAAUCAACUUAAACACCGUAUUCGCCCUCUGCCGCGACAUCGGUGCCUACAUGCUCACUCGCACCCCAUUCCACGGCACUGAAUCCACCUCUCCCAACGGCGGAUACCGCGGAAGCAUCAUCAACGUCGCCUCCCUCGUUUCAUUCCAGGGUGGUCUCACUGUACCCGCCUAUGCGAGUGCCAAGGGCGGUGUCGCACAGCUCACCAAGGCCUUGUCGAAUGAAUGGGCUAGUAAAGGAGUCAACGUCAAUGCAAUUGCGCCGGGAUAUGUGGCGACCGAUAUGAACGAGGCACUCAUCAACAACCCCGUGCGCGCAGAGCAGAUUCUGGUUAGAAUUCCCGCGGGCAGAUGGGGUUCUGGGGAGGAUUUCAAGGGUCCGACGGUGUUUUUGGCUGGAAAGGCUAGUCUGUAUGUGAGUGGGGAGAUUUUGACUGUGGAUGGGGGUUGGAUGGGUCGGUAG